AUGCAGGCGAAUUGUCCCAAUGAUGCCGAGAAUGAGAGUUCAAACCAUAUCAACAUGGCUUACAAUUAUGAUUGGUCAACAACUUCACUAGGUCCUAUAGAUUCGUGGGAUCCUACAAUCAAAACUGCCUUUAAUAUAUGCCUUCAAUCUGCGUUUCCCAUUACCAUCUUUGUUCCUCCUGAUUGGAACCAAUUUUAUAAUGAAGCUUGCAUACCAAUAAUUAAAGCGAAACAUCCAUACGUUUUUGGAAAGCCAACAAUUGAAGGUUUUUACGAAGCAGCUCAUUUUAUGAUACCAGAAUUUGAGAGUGUAAGAGAAAAAGGAAAAGGCAUAUUUAAAAAAGAUAAUUGCGCCGAAUUACAACGUGAUGGAUAUAUUGAAGAGACUUACUUUGAUUAUACAAUGAGCCCGAUUUUCAAAAAAGAUGGCACUUUCUGUGGUAUAUUUAGUCUGACACUAGAAACUACUCAAAGAGUUUUGAAUACUCGAAGAUUAAGUCUACUUGGAAAAUUUGGACAUCAGAUUUCUGAUGUUAAGUCAUUAGAAAGUGCCUGCCGUAUUAUAACGAAUACAUUAAGAGACAAUAAUGCAGAUAUUCCUUAUGCAUUGAUUUAUUUUAUCGAACAUAAAUCAACUGCUGCUUCUGAAUCUCUAAUUGCUCGCCUGAUCUCUACAACUUUUGAUGAUAAUAGUAAAAAUAAAAGGCGUUUCCCCGAGUAUUUUCCAGAAACCCAUGAAUUAAUUAACUUAAAUAAAGACUCUAAUAAGAGCCAUAAUACAUAUAUAGAAUUAAAACGGACAACAGCAACUUAUUCGUUCUUAAAAUGCGAAUCUUGGCCAAUAUACCUUGCAAUAAAGGAUGGACAACAUGUAAAAGUUCUUUUAAAAGAUGAAUCACAAGCCGUACUCUUACCAAUAAAAAUUUCUUCUUGCAAAGGACAGGUCUUAUCAGUUGUAUUGAUUUGUGGUAUUAAUCGGCGUUGUACGCUUGAUGAGCAGUAUAUGGAAUUUUUACAGUUAGUUAAAACUCAAGUGAAUGCAUAUUUACAGCAAGGGAAUUCGGUAGAAGAGGAAAAGAAAUCGUCUAAUAUUUUAAUUAAUUUAAAUAGUCAAAAAAUCAUGUUUUUUCAAGGCAUCAGUCAUGAAUUAAAAACACCUUUAACCCUAAUGCUUUCACCACUUGACGACGUAAUUAAUGAAUGUCCGCAAGAAGCGCCAAUUAUGUCGUAUCUUCAAACUAUACGACGUAACUCCCGUCGAUUACUUAAACUCGUUAAUACUUUAUUACAAUUUUCAAACAUGGAAACCGAUCAAUUAGAAGCGAAUUAUCGUGAAACAAAUAUAGCUGAAUUUACUCGAGAAUUAGUUUCGGAUUUUGAAAAUAUGGCCAAAUCAUUAGGUUUGGAUUAUAUUAUCGAUAUUCCACACUCUGAGGAAUUUAUUAAAGCCGUGGGCGAUAAUGUUUACUUAGAUCAUGAGAUGUACGAAAUAAUUAUAUUUAAUCUAUGUUCGAAUGCAAUAAAGCAUACUUGGAAUGGGCGCAUAACCAUUCGUCUGUAUAUUGACUAUAAAGACGAUAAAAGAUUAAUAGUCUUUGAAAUAUCGGAUACAGGAGUUGGUAUUCCGAAAAUUGCGCUUCCGAAUAUAUUUAAUCGCUUUUAUCGUGUAGAAUCUCAAGGUUCACGUAGUCACGAGGGUACUGGGAUAGGGCUCUCACUAGUUAAAGAAUUUAUUAUACGCCAUGGUGGAGAUAUCACUGUUACUUCAGUAGUAAAUCAGGGGACAACAUUUAAAUGCUGGUUUCCAAUAGGAUGUAUGCACUUACCAGCAAAUCAAAUACGCUUUAAUGAAGUUGAAAAUCCUAUAAGUCAUGGUCGAGAAUUAUACACUAAUAGGCAACUUUAUUUAGAAGAAAGUUCUCAAUGGAUAAAAAAUAAUACGUCUGAAGCACAAGAUGAUAUAAUUAUGUUUAAUCUAUCUACUAAUGAUCCUUCUACAGAUGACUCAGCUAUUAGAAAAAGAUAUCAAAUCUUACUUGUUGAUGAUAAUGCUGAUAUGCGAGAUUAUCUAUCAGAUCUGUUAAAAGAAUUCGAUAUACGUCGUGCUUGCGACGGUCAAGAAGCUUUACGAGUCUUAGAAAAGCUUCCCAAGUUACCUGAUCUAAUUCUUAGUGAUGUCAUGAUGCCAAAUAUGAAUGGAUAUCAAUUAUUAGAAGUGUUAAGAUCUGAUAUAAAAACUCAAUUAAUUCCCGUAAUAUUAUUAUCAGCAAAAGCUAGUGAAGAAUCUAAAAUCACAGGUUUAGAUAAAGGAGCAGAUGAUUAUUUAACAAAACCCUUUUCUGCUCGAGAAUUAAUUGCCCGUAUUCGUGCUAAUAUUGAACUCUCACUACUUCGUCGUAAAAUAUUAUUUCAACAAUGUAAACAAGAAGAAACAAAGCAAUUACUUCUUUCAAUAACAGAUAAGAUUCUUUCUGGAUUAGGUCUAAAAGAAACUUUGCAAUAUGUUGUCAAAGAAAUUUAUCAUAGAAUAACAAGUGAAAGAGUAUUUAUUAUUUUAAAAAAUGAACGAUCUAAAAUUAUGAGCAAUAGAAUAAUUGCUAUAUAUGAAGAUUCUAUAAGUUUAACAAGCCCACUUAUUGAAAUUAGUGAUAAUAAUAAGAGUAAAUCUCAAAUAACUGAUUCACCAGAAUUUUUGAAUAAUAAUUCAGGAAUAGAGAUUUUUUUAGAUAAAUAUAGUGACCAUGUUCAUAAGAAUGCAUCCAUAUUAUCAGUAGAAAUAAAGUUGAAGAAUGAUCUUUGGGGAUGGAUAAAACUUCAUAGAUCUCCAAAUUCUAUUUGGCUUGAUUCUGAAAUAGAAUUAGUACAACAAAUAUCGAAUCAAAUAAGUUUAGCUAUUACUCAUGAAAGCUUACUAGAGGAGAAUUCUGCAAAGGAAAUUCAAAUAAAAGCUAUUGAAACUGCAAAUAAUAUUAUAAAUCAAGUAUUAGCAAAUACUUCUCACGAAUUGCGAACGCCACUAGGAGCAAUAGUGGGAAUUCUUUCUUCCUUUGAUUGUACUAACUUAACUACCGAUCAAAAAGAUAUGAUUAAUAUUGUGUCAUAUGCUUCAGAUACCAUACUAUCUAUAGUAAAUAAUAUUCUUUAUGCGGCAAAAUUAGAAGCACAAAAAAUCAUCCUAAUAAAUAGAACAUUUGAUUUAUUGGAAUUAUUUGAAGACAUAAUUGAGGCAUUUGGAAAAAGAGCUAUUGCUAAAAAUAUCGAGCUAAUUGUAAAUUGUGAUGUAGAUGGAUUUCCGAGAUAUGUUAAGAGCGAUCCUGAUAGAGUUAAAUUUACUGAAAAAGGAGAAAUCAUAUUGACAAUUUCAAUGCAAUCACAAAAUGUAAUUGAUAUGCAUAAGGAGAGUCCAACUUAUGGUCAAACUAUUAUAAAAGGAAAUCUGUUGGUUGAAUUAUGCGAUACCGGCAUUGGCAUGGAUCCUGAAUAUAUAAAACAUGCUUGGAAAAGAUUUUCGCAAGGUGACACAUCAAUAACUAGAAAGCAGGAUGGUACAGGACUUGGUCUUUCGAUUUGUAAAAGUUUGGUAGAAAUUAAUGGAGGAGAAAUUAAUGCAGUAAGUCAGUUGGGAAAAGGAAGUAAAUUUUGGUUUACAUGGAAUAUCGAGCUAUCAUCAUCGAUUACAUCAACACUUUCAAAAUUUUCAACUUCCUCGUUAUUAGAGACAAAGUUUGAUGAACAAAUAAAUUACGUAUUACCUCAUGUCAUAAGACAAAAAAGGGUACUAAUAAUUCACCCAAUUGAAAGUGUGAGAAAUGCAAUGUUAAUAUAUCUUAAAAGGAUCGAAAAAGUUGAUGCAUUUGAUACAUUUGAUAAAGGUAUUUUUGCAGCAAAGGUUUAUAAAGGAUUAUAUAAUCGAUCCGCUUAUGACAUAGUAUUUAUUAGUCUUUAUAAAAAUAAUGAAGAAGAGGCUAUAAAAGCAGCAUUAGAGUUAAAAGAAUUAGAAAUGAAUAAUAAUUUAGUAAUAAUAUUUAUAGUAUUUUCAAGUAAGGAAGUAAAUGAGUUGACUGAAAAGUUAUAUAAAAAAGUUGGAGGGACAAUUUCUAUUAUUUAUGCACCAAUUACAUGGAAGAAGUUAAUUAAUCAAUUUAUAAAUAUAGAAUAA